AGAUGCCCGAACCACCUCAACUGGCUCCUUUCGAUGUGGAGGAGCAGCGGCUCUACUCUGAGCCCCUCCCGGAUGGCCGAACUUCUCACCCUUUCAUUUUAGCACAGGACCAGGUGCACUGACUGUAAGUGUGUUUUACAUUUAAACUACAGGAGUGAGAGUUUGGUGCAAACCAGCAGUUCAACAGGCUGAUGCAUGUCAAUCAGAAUGUUCUUUCAAAGUAAAAGUAAACAGUGAGCCGUGGUGAUCGGGUGAACUCGAAUUCUUUUUCUCAUUUCAGCUCUUUGACUUUUAACCCACCGCCUCGUGUGUGAGGACUCGUGAGUGUUGUCUGUGAGGACAUUUGACUAAAGCUGUCAUGUGUUCGUUUCUUUUUGGCUGUUUUAGUGUUUGAAGGUUUGAGUUUUGAGUCUUUGAUUAUUACUUCACAGCUUUGCAGUCCUGAGUUUAGUCUUGAUUUUUACAUAGUAGCAGUUUUCGAUCCCACCCUGGUUUCCUGUCUGCUCUCCUUGCUGACUGCUGAUUGGUUGUUUCACUUUGAAUGUUUAUUCUCUUGUGUUAGUUUAACUUCAUUCUUCUCACCUGUGUUAUUUACUUUCACCUGUGUCUUGUUCUGUUCCUGUUCUCACAAAUCAGCCCUCGGUGUAUAAAUAGUCCUGCCUUUUUCUUUGUCAGAUCUUCUGGCUCGUCAUAUUUUUAGAUUUCUUUUUUUUUUUUUUAUUACCACUAAAAGGCUAUUUUAUAUAAAGGCUGAGUUUUGUUGGAAUAUUCUGCCUCCACUCUGCAUACCUUAAAAAAUCCAGGAAAAAUUAAAGCGUGUAACCAAGAAGCAGCCACUGAAUCCAGCUGGUUCACUGAGAGCACGGCUGUCUGAAGGACAGAACGAGCUUUGUUCAUAAAUGUCUGUCCUGAAAGCCGAGCAUCAAUAAAAGAGCCAAACUGUAAAAACUAACUUCCCAGGUUCACCUUUCCCUGAUCUGAGACACAGAGCCGCCUUUGAGAGGACCAGAGGCCUCAGUCAUGGCCUAAUUUUGGUAUGAAGAGAUUAUCAUUAAAUAUUGUAUUUUUUAUACUUAUUUAUAUCUCAAAAAGAGAUUGCAACCUUGCAAGACAUGCAGUAAAAUAUUUGGACCAAGUGGCUCUCAAAGUGGGUUUUUUAGCAUUCCCCUCUGCACCCAAAAUUACAGUUUUAACUCAGUUGUUAAAAAAGAUCCAGUUUUAUUUGAAUCUCAGUGUCAGACCAGCAGGUUUGCAUCAGCACACACUGUGUGUGAGAUAAUAAGCUCAUAAAAUAAUUAUAAAAGAAAAGCAGAAAAUCUUUUGAGAACAACAACACUUUAAUUGUUUUGCACAGAAAAAUCUAAAUGAUUAUUUAACUCAUGAAAUUAUAUGAAAAUUGUUUUCCUUCGUUCGAUCACUAAUAAUGAAUCACAUUUUGUAUGACAACUUUAGAUUUAGACCAGUUUGUAUUAGUCCUGUUUUUUAGUAUUAUUAUUGCAUCUCUCCUUUUUUUGUAGUUAUUAUCAUCAAAUUUACUUCCCUGCCCGGCACCGACAGGGUUGAGCAGCCGCGUAAAGAACACCAUAAAAAUAUUUAGCCAGCUUCAAACAUUUUAUAGCUUUACAUGCAAGUCAAAUAAAAAUGACCUGCCCUCCUUAAUGAUGAUAAUCACACGUGAUUUUAUUUUCUACAAAUGUGAGAUAAUAAGAGACAAAAGAAUAAGCUCAGUUUGAGAUGUUAAUAUAAUCUAUAACUCUGAGACUGAUAGUAUUAAUGACACACUCACUUGUGCACGCUUUGCUGAUAUUUCUGUUUAAUUUAUUCAGUAUUUUGUUUUUACUGCCUGCUUAUAGAUUUUCUUGCAGCGGUCUUAAAAACACAGCCUUUCCCUGUUUCCCUGAUGAAGGCUGAGGUCUGACUGAUGUCCUCGGUCAGCUUUCUAAAGACGUCAGAUGUCCAGCUAAUUCCUGCUCAGUGUCCCGCCUCCCCAGGGAAACUUAAAUCAGCGUUUCUGUGACAGGACUUGUGAGUGGCAGCGACGCCCCCAAUCAGCACCUCAUAAAAACCUCACUCAGCAGAGGUCAGCUCCUCCUCCCGCUCCGGAGGGGCCCCGCUGGAGGAGUUCCCUCAGCCAGUGUAAACAGGAGCUCCAACAUGAGGAGAGACUCAAGUGCAAAGUACUGAAAGCACCGUGGGAUGGUUUUGUGUCAUGAGCAAAACUGCCUGAAAUAAAUACUGGAACUCCAUUAAUGAAGCAAAAACUGAAAAAGGACUUUGACACAUUAGUUUGAGUCCAGAUUUCCAGGAUGGAGGUCACAUCGCAUGGUGUAAGUCCACAGAGCUCUGUGUGACUAACCAAUGAGCCCCAGCUAUGAUCUCUCAUAAUAACAGAAUUUAUAAUGAAACCAAGUCAACGUGGAGUCUCGAAAAUAUGCACUUUUAUCCAAAUGCCAACAUUUGCUAAUAAAUAAAUAUGAGGAAAAUAUAUUAUAGCCAGUAUAAAGACACAUUAAUCAUCCUCAGCUGACACCUUAAAGAGAGAAUCAUUAUUUUUAAUUUGAAUAUAUUUUUUUUACAAUUUUUUUUAACUCAGGUAAAUGUUGUAAUCCUACAAUAUUAGAGUAUAAAUGCUGCUUUUCCUGCUUUGCUGAAGGAUUAUUCAAAAUAACAAAACAGUGUUUAAACUCUUAUGUGUGGAGCUACCAAAAUAAUUUAAUUUUUAGUCUUUUAAACUCUCCUGUGUCUUUUCUCAGGCAUUUUUUCUUCCAAUAAAUGACACGUUGCUUUAGCCACAUUAUAAUUUUUCAUGUGUAAAAGAAUGUGUGACUUUGAGCUCAUUUUAAAUACUCUGUAUAUGCAAUCCUGUCAUUUUAAGCUUCUAUAGGACAACUUCACAUAUCCUAUAGAAGGCAGAACAAAGGACAGCGUUUUCCAUAUUCACCUACAUAUGUGAAAAAAACAGAAUAUAAAUAUGCUGAUGCACUGAGGCCAUACAGCACUACAAACACAGAACUUCAUGUAUUUAUUUAGCUUUAGGUCCCUCUGGGUUGGACCAGCUCAGAAACACCAGCAGGCUGUGAUGGAGAGUGACUGUGUGAGGCAGACUCAGUGUUUUAAUAUCAAAGCUGUACAAUCUGAGAUUAUUAACAUUUCACAUGUGAGUGGGCACUUUCAUUGAAUUAAUAUUGCCAAUAUUGUGUUGACACAGCUACAUAUAAUUAUGGGCUAUAAUACAUAAUGACUGACCUGACUGGCACAAGUUUAAUUUGGAUUACAUUUCUAACGUGAGUAAAUUCGAGUAACCUUUUUUUAAUGUGUCACCCACGCGUGUCACAGCGAGCGCGGUCACAGACAGCGAACAGGUGUUUAAACCCAACUCACGAAGGUUUUACUGCUUAAACUGAAGCUGAUAAGCCUGCAGGUGAUGCCCCUCCAAAGCAGCCCCUCACCUCACGGUGGCUAAUUUGGCCACGACCAGCGCGUCAGGGCGCUAAAGGACACCUUGUGCGUGACGUGGAGACGCAGGAGUCCCUCCAGCAUCCUGCAGAGCCGCAGCUCUAACAGAGAAGCUGCAGUAUAAACUUUUAUCUCGCCCGUGUUUUACUCUUUAUCGUGAACAACACGAAUAAAUUUAUUAUGCGUUCACCCGCAGCCUCCCACUCCCACAAAUCUACUCGUCCGGCACAAACUGCAAAGCCACUCUAGUCACCUUGAAAUUUCCUCUGCUAUUUUCCAAUUAAAAGCUUAAUAGCCCUGGAGACGGGCUUCACGCGGGGAAGUUUACCGUGCUCUUAUUCGCUGUAAGCCGCGAGCCUCGGAUCCCAUUAUUUGCUUGAAUAAACCUUUUUUACGGUCAGAAAUGGGCCCGGCUUUGUCCGGUGUUAUGUUUCAAUGCCCUCUAUUAGUCCGGCAGAAGGGACAUAUCAGCAUCCUCGACAUAGUUCCCAAAGGGCUUUUAUACAUGCAGAGGCCUAAUCAGCUAAGUUAUGCACGAUUGUGUAAAAGGUGCGAGAAGCGCCAUUAUUAUUUUUCGCCCCUAGAAUUAAGACUUAAAGCCUUUCAGGCUGCAGGAAACAGAGGAGAGCGCGGAUAGAUGUCCGGGCCUGUAAUCGAAUUAUGAACAGUCUUUAAAUACCAACCUUUUUACAACGUAAAGGUUUUCAUUGGUGGGUGACUCAUUUGGAUAGUUCGGAAAAAAGGAAACACUUUGAAUUUUAUUUUUAUGAAACAACUGAUUUAAGAUUUAAAGGUUUCACUGGUUUGUUUCAGGGAGCGAGUCCUUGAUUAACCUGCACACAGGAGAUGACAUAUUUAGUCGUUUUGUGAUUACACGCUUCUUCUUCUUAUAUGUGUGUGUGUGUGUGUGUGUGUGUGUCUGUGUGUCUGUGUGUGUGUGUGUGGUGUACGACACUAAUGUUGCUGAAAAGGGGCUCAAAACAAAUCGAGUGCCUGGAAAGAACAUGAAGCUCUUAAAUCUUGAUGUGAGGCUGUCCUGCAGAGUGAUUUUUCUCUGAGCUACUUGCACUAAUAUCGCACUAAUACUGCAGUAAUAUUGCACUAAUAUUGCAGUAAUGUUGCAGUAAUAUUGCACUAAUAAUGCAGUAAUGUUGCAGUAAUAUUGCACUUAUAAUGCACUAAUACUGCAGUAAUAUUGCACUAAUAUUGCAGUAAUGUUGCAGUAAUAUUGCACUUAUAAUGCACUAAUAAUGCAGUAAUAUUGCAGUAAUGUUGCAGUAAUAUUGCACUAAUAUCGCACUAAUACUGCAGUAAUAUCGCACUAAUAUUGCAGUAAUGUUGCAAUAAUAUUGCACUUAUAAUGCACUAAUACUGCAGUAAUAUUGCACUAAUAUUGCACUAAUAUCGCACUAAUACUGCAGUAAUAUUGCACUAAUAUUGCAGUAAUGUUGCAGUAAUAUUGCACUAAUAAUGCAGUAAUAUCGCACUAAUACUGCAGUAAUAUUGCACUAAUAUUGCAGUAAUGUUGCAGUAAUAUUGCACUAAUAAUGCAGUAAUAUUGCACUAAUAAUGCAGUAAUAUCGCACUAAUAUCGCACUAAUAUUGCACUAAUAUUGCAGUAAUGUUGCAGUAAUAUCGCACUAAUGCUGUAGUAAUUUUGCACUAAUAUUGGAGUAAUCUUGUAGUAAUAUUGUAGUAAUGCUGUAGCUUCAUUGAUAAAUCUGUAACAUGAGGUUUGAUUUCGGGUCCAGGGUCACGUGUUUGGCUCCAGCAGCGUGUGUCCGGUGCUUCGGGAGGUCGUUGCUGUUAUCUGAUCCUCGCAGGCGCUUUGACGCGUUUGGUUACUGCUCGUCUCCAUAAGAGCGUGUGAGGCUGAUGCGUAUCAGUGCUGUCAGCUGAGGAAAGGUGGAUCCUCCACUACAAGCCCACACCUCUCAUCCUCCUCUUGUCAUGCGUGCGGCACAGCAGCUCCAUCCACCUCCACCUCUCUGACUGCUGCUGCGGCCGACGGCGACUCUCGCGCCCGCGUCCACGCUGGAAAACACGCUGAGCCCGAGGCAAUGAACGGUUACGGGUCUCCGUACCUCUACAUGGGGACUCCGGUGUCACAGCCUCGGGCCCCCCUCCAGAGGACCCCCAAGUGCGCGCGCUGCCGGAACCACGGCGUGCUGUCUUGGCUCAAGGGUCACAAGCGCUACUGCCGGUUCAAAGACUGCACCUGCGAGAAGUGCAUCCUCAUCAUCGAGCGGCAGCGCGUCAUGGCGGCGCAGGUGGCGCUCCGGAGACAGCAGGCAAACGAGAGCCUAGAAAGCCUCAUCCCGGAGUCCCUCAGAGUGCUGCCCGGCAUCGGCUUAGCCGGGACCGGCGAGGGGAAUCAGCCAGCCCCGCCGAGGACCGAGGAGCUGGAGCUGAGGUGGAGCAGCACGGAGCCGGGGCAGCCCGGAGCACCGCUGUGCUCAGAGCCCACGGAGGACGGCGCAGACGAGGUUUCAGCAGGAGAGAACGGAGAGAGCUCCAGCGAGAAGGAGCAGGAUGCGGUCAGCUCACCCGAGGCCUCCAAACCAAACUGCUACACCCCCGAGCCUCCGGGGACCCCCUCCCUGCCAGAGGAGAGCCGCUACGGCCUCCCUAAAGCCGGGAGCGCCGAGAAGGAGGCCAAAGCCGAGAGUCCGCAGAAGUACCCGGCCAGCCCCGCGGAGCAGGGCGUGCUGAUCGAGGGCCUCGGCGGCUCCAUUACGCUGCCCCUCAGCCUCCGGGCCAACCGGCCCCCGCUCGAGGUGCUCAAGAAGAUCUUCCCCGCCCACAAGCCGCCGGUCUUGGAGCUCAUCCUGCGGGGCUGUGGGGGCGACCUGGUGGGGGCCAUCGAGGUGCUGCUGUCCAGUCGGAAUCCUGACGCCAGCGCGCCACCGCACGCGGACGUGCACGCAGACGCGCUGGUGCUGCCCUCCAACGGACACCUGUUCGAACCCGGGCUGGGCUCCUACCACCCGGCGUCCUCCUCUGCCAAGUGGUCCGUGGGCUCCGCCUUCCGGGUCCCGGACUCGCUGCGCUUCACCUCUGACUCCGCCGCGGGGGUGGUGUCCACGGGUGCGCUGGGGGUCCCCCUGCAGCACCCGUCCUUCCCGCAGCCCACGCGCUACCCGCUUAUGCUGCGAAGCUCUCUGACGCGCAGCCACGCGGGCCCCUUCGUGCACAACGACGUGACUCUGUGGAACUCCGUGGCCCUGCAGCAGCAGUACCAGCUGCGCUCCGCGGCGCAGUACGUGUCCCCGUUCCCCCCUGGCGCCCCUGGCGGGCCCGGGCUGUUCCGCGGCUCACCCCUCCUCCCCUCCAGGCCCUCCGAGGAGCCGCGCGUGGGCAUCCAGGAGGAGGGGUGCCCGCUGGGGCCCAAGCCGGGCCUCUACUCCCCGGAUGAGGAGUACGAGGAGCGCUCAGAUUCCGCAGACUCCCGCAUCCUGAACUCCUCCAGCUGAACCGGAGGCUGAGGAACAUGUGUCACUGUGACAGGACGUGUGCGUGGACGGCAUGGACUGUCCUGUUGAGCUGAGCCGUGGGAGCAAUCACUCCGAUGAACCUCAAACAUCAGCCUCGCGCUUCCCACGCUGGACUCGACCAAAGCGGGUGAAUGUAACAGACUCAUUAUUCUGAAAGCGUCUCAGCUGUUUCCUGUAAGCAUGUGUAGUACUGUGAAAUCUGCCGUGUCCGGAUCAUGGCUGCAUGUCGAGUAAUGCCAAAUAAAUGUGAGUAGUCCAAACGGAUCAGGCUGUUUUCUUGCGUGUCGGCCUGCGCGCUCACACACACUCAGUCACGAUUACACUAGACUACAACAUGUCUGCCCACAGUCCGGCUUCACAUCCACACAUAAAACACGCGUGACACCAAAGGAUAAUAAGAAAUAAUACAGGCAAAAUAUGGAAACAUUCACGAUAAUGAUUUUGUUUUAUGGAGCAGCAGAAAUAAUAAUACCUCAAUUUGAUCAGGACUGGAAACACUUAAUAUGUUUAUGAGUGUGCUGUGGGCCUGAUCUCUGUCAUCCGUGGCACCGUCACCGCACUCCUCACAGACACGUGAUGUUGUUUUUGUAUUAAAUGUUUUUAUAUCAUCUAUAAAACAGAAGGAUCUGAAAGCAGCUUUAAAAAAAUCUGAUUUUCCUUUAAAAAUAAUUAUUAAUCUCAGUUUGGUUCGAUGCAUUAAAACAUGAGAUUAUAAAUAUGAUAUUCAUGUUAUUUAAAAUGAUUAAAACCUCGUGAAACCCACUGUUUGGAUAUUUGGUGUCAUAUCGAAGAUGUUUCUGUAAAAGUGAAAAACAAACACUGAUCGUCAUCAGACAGUGACGUCAGUCAGGCUGUCAGUGCUUUAAAAAUCUCAAACACAAUAAUAAGAGCACGUGUCUCCCUCAGUGCUCGUGGUUCAGUAUUUAAACCUGUGACGUGUUGAUCAUCUGCGCAGCUGCUGCAGACCAAUCACAUAUUCCAGCUUUUAAACUUCCGCUUGUUCAGACGCUCCUUUCAAAUGUGACAAAUUCAAACCUGACCCAGCUAAGAGGAAACAUCCGGAUUAAGCAGCUGCAGCGGAUUAAAAUAAACAUACGUGACUUUAUAGUUACAACAGAGAAGUGACGGCGCUGUGAAUAAUCUGUGGAUCAAAACUAUCCACGCACGUGGGGGGAAAAAUUGUUUUUACUCACAGAAA